AAAAAUUGGAUAAAUGCAAUGCUUUUGACUUAAUCAUUUGUCUAACAUUGUUUGGUUGGGCACAGAAUUUGAGAAAUAAGAAGACUUUUGUGACACCUUGGAUAUAUCCACACAUAAUGGAUCUAAACAUGUACUAUGCUGCAAUGAAAGGGAUUAUGGAAAAUGGUGAUUUUUCACUUGUUGAUCAUCUGAAAAGGGAGGAAUUAGAAAAUGGUUACCAAGUCACUUCAAAGGGAAACACAAUCCUCCAUGUGGCAGCUCUCUUUGGCCAACGAGGUUUCGUGGGAGAAGUCCUUAAGAUUACCCCGGCAUUAUUAUGCUAUAAGAAUAAGAAAAAUGAAACUGCGCUUCACAUUGCAGCUAAUGUAGGACAAAGUGGAGUGGUAAGUGAACUACUUUGCUUUGAAGGAGUGGAGACACUCGUGAGGAUGACGGAUGACAUUGGAAAUACGGCCUUGCACAAGGCCGUGAGAGGUGGACACACUGACAUUGUCUGGAUGUUGGUGAAAUUAUUACUAGAUCCUGAACACGACUUCCCAGCCAAUAAGGCUGGGGAGACACCGCUUUAUUUGGCAGCGGAGUUUGGUUUUCAUGAUGCUUUGAUUAAAAUCUUGAACGUUUGCAAAGAACCAACUUAUGUUGCAGGUCCAUCCAAUCGAACACCUCUACAUGCAGCCGUAAUUCAAGAACACACGGAAUGCGCGAGAUCACUAUGGCAAUGGAAUAAACCUUUAUGCGAAGAAGCUGAUAAAUGGGGUUGGAAUUCACUGCACUAUGCUGUUAAACAAGGAUUGAAAGAAAUAAUUUCCGAUAUGUUGGGAUGGAAGAAAUCUUUAUCCUACCUUCCGGCUGGCAGUGAAAAUGAUUGGACGACAGCAUUUCACAUUGCAGCUAGUGAAGGUGAUGUAUUGAUGAUAUAUGAUUUAUUAAACCACUGCCCAGAUUGUUGGGAAAUGCUUAAUUGCAAUGGCCAAAAUGCACUUCAUGUUGCCUUAUUGAACGAUCACGAAAUGUUUGUCCAUGCCUUCCUUGGGUCUGGAAUUUGUGAUAGCCUUGUUGAUGAGGCAGAUAAUGAGGGCAAUACUCCACUCCAUUUGCUUGCUGCCUCUGGGAACCGUGUGCCUCAAAUGAUAUUAGACCAUCCUAGCGCAAAGAAGAUGACAUUUAACAACAAAAUACAGACUCCACUUGACAUAGCAUUGUCUCGUACAUGGACAAUAAAGAAGGUACUCCCUCUUGUCCAUGACGGACUGGAUCGGUUUUCCCCAUUUCUUUGA